CUCGCAGGUCUGCUGUGCAGUCUGAAGCCUGAAUGGUAACUCUCAGCAGCAGCUCCUGCAUUUGCAUUUGAUGCAGACUUCUUGCAGACUUUAGUCGGGGGGCCCAGCACCGCGGAUGAACUCAACAAAACUUUGCUGAUCAGGGGUUAGAGCAGUAAAAAACACAGCUAAAGUUAAUAAUUUCCGGUGUUUGAACAUUGCUCGAGUUUAAAAUAAGAAAGUUCGGGCGCGACUCGAGUUGAUUGUGUUUAAAAUAGCUGCGGUUUAAAGAAGUGCAGACGGGACUAACCUCCUUGGCGGAGUAGUACUAAAUCCAGAGUGCAACAGACUACCGGUGCACAGUUCACUGCUGAGCUCGAGCCAGAAAGAGUGCGCUAAAACUGGAGGGUUUAACUCGGGGAUGCAUCUGUGUGGCGACUAAUAAACAACAACAAUUUUUUUUUUUUUUUUAGCUAACUAACGUUUUCACCUCCACUGUUUGACUCGCCUGAAGAGCAGUUUGUUGUGUUUUUGUCCAAACCGCCGGGACUCCUCUCGCGACUGGACGGAGUUUAAACUGAACUCCAAUAUGUCAAUUUUGCCUUUCACUCCCCCCAUUGUCAAAAGACUUUUGGGCUGGAAGAAGGGAGAGCAGAACGGCCAGGAGGAGAAAUGGUGUGAAAAGGCGGUGAAAAGUCUGGUGAAGAAGCUGAAGAAGACGGGACAGCUGGACGAACUGGAGAAAGCCAUCACCACCCAAAAUAUCAACACAAAAUGCAUCACCAUACCGAGGUCCCUGGAUGGCCGUCUGCAGGUCUCCCACAGAAAAGGUUUGCCCCAUGUCAUCUACUGCCGUCUGUGGCGCUGGCCCGACCUGCAGUCCCACCAUGAGCUGCGGGCAGUGGAGCUGUGCGAGUACGCCUUCCACACAAAGAAGGAUGAAGUGUGUGUCAACCCGUACCACUAUCAAAGAGUAGAGACACCAGUACUCCCACCUGUGCUGGUGCCCAGACACACAGAAAUCCCCAGUGAGUUCCCGCCUCUGGAUGACUACAGCCAUUCAAUCCCAGAAAACACCAACUUCCCUGCUGGUAUUGAGCCCCAGAGCAACUACAUACCAGAAACGCCACCACCGGGCUACCUCAGUGAGGAUGGAGAGACGGAUCACCAGAUGACCCACAGCAUGGACACAAGCUCCCCAAACCUGUCACCUAACCCUGUUUCACCCACACACAGCAACUUAGACCUUCAACCAGUGACAUACUGCGAGCCGGCCUUCUGGUGCUCUAUUUCAUACUACGAGUUGAACCAGCGAGUAGGUGAGACCUUCCACGCCUCACAGCCCUCGCUGACAGUGGAUGGCUUCACGGACCCCUCCAACUCUGAGCGUUUCUGCCUGGGCCUGCUGUCCAACGUCAACCGCAACGCAGCUGUGGAAUUAACGCGCAGACAUAUUGGCCGUGGUGUGCGGCUGUAUUACAUCGGAGGAGAAGUGUUUGCUGAGUGUCUCAGCGACAGCGCCAUCUUUGUCCAGAGCCCCAACUGUAACCAGCGCUACGGCUGGCACCCCGCCACAGUCUGCAAGAUCCCUCCAGGCUGUAACCUGAAGAUCUUCAACAACCAGGAGUUUGCUGCCCUGCUGGCCCAGUCAGUCAACCAGGGCUUUGAGGCGGUGUACCAGCUCACAAGGAUGUGCACUAUCCGCAUGAGCUUCGUGAAGGGCUGGGGAGCCGAGUACAGGCGACAGACGGUGACCAGCACCCCCUGCUGGAUCGAGCUGCACCUGAACGGCCCCCUGCAGUGGCUCGACAAGGUGCUCACACAAAUGGGCUCCCCCAGCAUCCGCUGCUCCAGCGUCUCUUAGGGAAGCCCUUCAUCCACCCACUUCCUGUCAGUGACUAAAAACACACAGACUGCACGCAGGCAAGAACAGCUACACAAGUACGGAAACAUGACGAGCCCCUUUAUUCAGCCAAUCCUCAGUCUCUAACUUCCUCCCCACCAGCUGUCAGAAGCACUUUUUAUAUUCAUGUUGUUUGUGGCAAAAGGGGACAAGUGCAUUAAAGCAGUUAGGAUGAUCUCCACAUUUUGUCCAGAAUUAUAAUGCUGACAUUUUUUAAGAGCCAGCAAGGCUGUAGCAAUGGGAGGAGGUUUUUUUUCAUUUUCAUUUGAGAUUCUUAUUUCCUUCCUCUUCUGUUUAAAUUUCAUUUUUUCGUGAUUUUUACACAUUUUUUUGUACAGAUAUUAAACUGAACAGUGGAUAUAAAAAUGAACUUUUUUUAAGCAUUAAUGACAAUUUUGUAAAACGUGUAAGAUCAUGUUAAAUGCAUUUCACUUGACUUUGUUUCUGUGUUUGGGCAUUUGAUAGGUAAUGAAGACAUUUACAAGCGAGAUGAAUUGAAAAAUGAAUAAUAUAAUGGAAAAAUUCAACUACAAUUUGUAAACACUGUGCGAAGGAAUAUGCUCAAAGCCUAGAACAAGUAUUUGUUUAGGUUUACAUACUUUCAUUUCAUGCAGUCUAUGUUACCCUGACUAAAAAAGACAGGAACAAAUUAAAACAAGAAUCAGUCAAACUUAAGAAGACAGGAGUUACAGCCCUCUAAAUAUGAGUACUUAAAGACAGCGGCAUUCAUCAGAUGUCAUCAGGAGGAUGAUGCACUUUUGUAAAAUGUUAAUAUUCUAGUAAAGCAGUGCUGGUAGAGUACAGUCAGCUGUAGUCCACAGCUGCAAUAGUUCUUGUCAGAAUAGGAAAUAUAUCCUGCAUUAAUUUCAGGAAGCUUUGCCAAUUUGCAAAAUACUUUUGCAGCGUUGCAUUGUGUCGUAGGUAGAAUGAUAAGCAUUUACACAGAACUUGAAAACAUCUCACAUAAUGUGCUAUUCUGCAAACCCGUAGUUAAGUUAUAAUUCAGACACACAAAAUGUAGUUGGAAUAUUUGUGUGUGCUCUGCAGACGGCUGUGUAAAGUGAGCGGGAAGAUGCCUUUGCUUUUUUAAUUUUCUUUCUCAGCAGUCCAUAACAUUGGUCUUAUUUUUAGCCAUCAGUGAUAUCGACUUUUUGCACACUCAGGACUGUAAAAAAGAAAACAACAAAAACACAGCUGAAUUAUGUACAGAAACCAGUGAAAGGACAGAUGCAUGACUCUCAAGACUUUAUUUUGUUACCAAUUAUUUUUGUAGGACAUUUAAGGUGAUAAGUGUUUUUUUUUGCAUGACAUGACAGAAAUACUUCUAGCAGGUGCCGGGAUAUGAAACUUGUAUUUUUCUACCUGUGAAGAUGAAGCAGUUUGAUUACAAAGCACAGCUUUUUUUACAAAGGGAAAUGUUUAGGCAGAAAAAGACGUGUAAAUAACUGUUGCUUCUGAAAUCUGAAGUCCCUUUUUUUUUUUUUUUUAGGUCUAUGUACAUGUAGUACAUAAAUACAUGUGUUAUAAUGUGACCGUUAACCUUUAUAAUGUUGAUGGUUUUUGAAACAGGAGAACAAAAGAUGCUCAAAAAUGAAAAAAAGGAACAUGCUGAGUAAAUGUUGAGAUAAGCUUUUACUGGAAUAGAAAAGCAUAGUCUUAGUUUCAGUCCUGUUUCCUGUUGGCAACCCGCUGUGGUGGAAGCGGAUCGAUUUCCUUCUGGUUCUAUAACACUAGACAAAGACACAGUGGGUGUACAACAUACUGAAUCCUUUUAAAGUACUUAUUUACAUUAACCCAGCUUUUGAAGUUAAUGCCAGCCCAGUGGUGCUAAUCUUUAACAUUUUAGGGACUCAAGAGAAAAAAGAAAAGCCAUAAGAUUUUAAAGCUUGUAGAUUUUUGAUCUCUAUUAAAUGUCUUUUUCGAACUGUAAUGUGGGACUGUUUCAGAGACAGUAGCAUCUACCAAUCUGAGACAACGCAGCUCUUUGUAGAGCUUCUAGUGUCCUUGAACGCAGCGGUCCCAACCCAAAUGGGCUCUUUAACCCCAUGGUUAAUGUAAUUACCCAGUAGGGAAUAUUUUGCAAAUAAGCAAAUUUGUCUUUUUUAUACACUCUUCAUGUUAUAGUGCUUGUGCUAUUUUCACCUUGUUUAAAUUGUUCGCUUUAAUCGUUAUUAUUAGUUGUGAUUUAUGUGUUUCUGCUCUGAAUUGGUCAUUUUAGAUGUCUUGUAUAAAAUUAUACCCUUUUUCUCUGCCUAUAAAAAGUUGAUGUGAUGCUUUAUAUUUUUGUUUAUUGUUGUUGGUCUAUGAAUAAAAUAUAUAUCUCAGAGGGAAAACUAAGAUGGGUGUUACAAACUUUUAAAGGGAAAUCUAUGUAUUUUUCAGCCUGCACCCUAUUUUCCCAUGUUUUUGUGUCUAAAGCCGUUUUUACAUGCUGUGGGGCCACAAUGAAGUUCCUUCUUUACGCUGCCUUUUCAUUUUUUACACAGAACCAAACAACGACAGCAUCAUACAGUUCCAGUGUAUGAUUUUUAGACAGCAUGCCGGCAUCAUGGAAGAAAAACCGAAGGGACAUUCAACACAACAGCAUCAUCCUCUUAUGUGACAUAUGACACAUGCAUCAGCAGCGCUUUCUAAGCAAUAAUAUUUCACCAACAAUAAUUUACCGUCC